GUUCGCAUUGGCGGUCGGCACGGUCUACAUGUUCUGCGCAGUCGGAGUCUACGUCUAAGGGAGAGAAGAUACCCAGAAAAGGCAUCGUGAGCCCGAAAGAUCCGUGGGCCUGUACAAUAGCUGAAUUGAGGCGUGCAAAGGCAUUAUUUAAGAUACCACUUUCUGGCCGUGAAGAAACCGGGGUCGAGAUCUAGGCAUCGUUUCUUCCAAACCCAACACCAAUUUCUCAUCUUUCAUCAUGGCCUCUUCUAUCGGCUCAGUACCACCCCAGGCGCCUUUGUUUCGGGCGGUCGCAAGCUCCACGAGACAAAUACACCAACUUCUGAAGUGCAUCAGCUUCACCACAAAGGUUCAUGUGCAGAUCACGCAGGAUGGAAUCAGGUUCGCAGCCGAUCACUCCAGGGUCAUGCAAGGUGUGGCAUUUUUGGACAAGGCUCUAUUCACUACAUACACUCUAAACCUAGCUGAGAAUGAGGAUGGAGCCCUCCCUCAAUUUCAGAUCAACCUGGCCGCUUUCCUGGAAGCAUUGCAAAUAUUUGGCGCAACGGAUAUAGCCGCGAAGCAAGCCAAAGCAGAUGCGGAGCCAUAUCGAAGCAACCUUAGAAAUUAUCGCCCAGAUGCGUUCAGUCAUCAAACUCUGGGUAUGCCUGGAACUUGUUGUCUCUUAUAUGAGGAUGAUGGAUCACCACUCAGCAUCAUCCUGGAGGAGACAGGCGUAAAGACGCGGUGUAACAUGGUGACCUAUGCCCCGGAGCAACCGGACGACAUCCCUUUUGAUCGCGACGACCUCUCUUUCAAAAUCAUCAUGCAAGCUCGAUGGUUGUUGGAUUGUCUCUCUGAAUUGGCACCCAUGUCGCCUACUCGAAUCACCAUUAUGGCAUCUACUGAUGUGCCAUGGCUGAGUCUAUCAAGCGGCGGAUCCCUUGGCAGCGCAAGUGUCGACUUUUCAAGCGGACGCGACUUACUCGAGACGUUCUCUGUACGCGAAAAAUGGGUUCAGAGCUUCAAGUUUGACCUGGUCAAGUCAGCUAGCGAAGCGAUGCGCAUAGCAAGCAAAGUCAGCUUUCGUGGCGACGGCCAAGGUGUGCUCAGCCUGCAAUUCAUGGUGGAAGUUGAAGGUGGUGCGGUUAGCUUCCUCGACUUCCGAUUCGUACCCUAUAUCACCCAGGAGGAGGACGAGGAGGAUGAGGAGGGAGAUGUAGAGGAAUGAACUGAGGUAUAGUGGCUACCGGUCGUGCCUCAUUGGCAUGGCAUCUUGUCGUGGCACGUCGACUCCUCAAGUUUAACCGAAUUGGCUCCCUCAAGUUGUUGAACCGCUGAAGUGUCCAGAUGAUUUUGCUUCGGUAUCAUCUAGACUAAAAAAGCAUGUCUUCGAGGCUAAGUAGCGCUUCACGCGCACUGCAGGUAGAUCAGCCCAAUUCACAGCUUUCAUAAUCAUGCUUGCGCCGGGUCACAUUUGACAUGUUCAAUUGACUGGACUCAAAUCGGACCACUGUGAGAAGCUGUUGUAUGCUUUUGAGCCACAAUGGAGCAUCCACACAUGAUUUAUUUCCUC